CUCGCCGCUUCCCUCGCAAGCUGGCGAGGCGGGGCGCAAAGUUAAGCGAGGGCGGUUUUGGGAGAGGAGGCGGUCGCCGGCGCUGCACGGCCGCCGCCGGCGGCGGCGUGAGCCGCGUGCGGAAUCGAUCGCGUGUGCGUGCUGCGUCGAGAGUGCGUGCAUGCGUCAUGGCCCGUGAGUGGAGAAUGUUGACUCACGCGCAUCGGGCCGGCGGCUUCCUUCCCCGGCGCAGCGGUGGCGGAGGAGGCGCGGCGGCGACAACAUGUCCUCCGGCGAGGAAGCGGUGGCGCCAUUUCACGGCACCUUCACGAAGGACAUUCUCUACGAGCUGCACAGGCGCCAACCGCACCGAUUUCACUUCAUGACCAAGUUCAACGCCAAGAGCGCCUCGUGGAAGGACUUCGAGCUGGUGGUGCUCGACGGCGAGCUGCGAGACUUCGCGCGAUGCGUGCACUGCAAGAACUUCGUCUCCUACUCGAGCAAGAAGGGCACCGGCAGCAUGCUCAGGCACCGCUGCCACGCCAAGGAGUCGUACUUCACAGCAGAGGAACACAACCGCUUUCGUGAGAUGGAGCUGUUCAUGCGGACGACGCCGCAGCCGCUGCCCAUGCUGGGCGGCCUGUCGUCGCAGUUCCUGCCGCGCAUCAAGGUGGAGCUGCCGGAGCCGCCCGAGUCGCCGCUGCGCAGGCUCCACACCGACUGCGGCGUCGGCAGCAACAACUGCGACGACAGCCCGCUGGACGUGCGGAUCCACCCGCGCUCGCCGAACGGCACCGCCAGCAACGGCGGCAGGUGCGCCCGGGGCUCGGCCACCGUCGGCGGCGCGCCCAUGGUCGACAACGGCGAGGUCGAGGAGAUCGUCGCCAGCGUGGAGCUCGCCGACGACAGCACGGGCGGGGACGUGCUCGAGGACCGCAACAACAACUGCACGCCCACCGGCGCCGCCAGGAUGCCGUACGCCACGGCAGCCCGCGCGGUCGCCGAGCGGCAGCUGGUGGAGCUGCAGCGGCUGCACGCCGAGGAAGAGCACAAGCUCAAGGUCGAGCUGCUCAAGAAGCAGCACCUGGUCGCCGACCUGCAGAGGAAGUACUGGCGCAUGAAGGUGAAGGCGCUGGCGCAGAAGGCCUCGUCCGCGCCGUCCUCGUACCACGUCGGCGAGAACAAGUCCGUCGAGGAAGACGAGUCGGACUCGCCGGACUGACGGGAAUGCUGGCCUAGUGCGCCCCCCCUACUGUCCCCCCCCCCCUACUGUCCCAUCCCUCUCGGGCAUCCCCCGUUUUUGUGGGUGCGUGUGUGUUCGCGCGCGUGUGUGUGUGUACAUAUUCGUUACGUUGCGAUUUCUUUCUUCCACGGAGUGCCAUGCGAACAUACUAGUUUUGCUCAUGCUCACGUCUGGUCAUAAGUGUGAAAGCGCCGCUGUUUAUCUCAUGCCUUUUAUUUCUUGCGGCCUCUAUUUUUAUUCAUUUACACUUGCGCUUUCUUUGGCAGAAGAACCACGUGAUCUGUGCUUCGGUCUGUUCAGUCAGGAGUACCGUGUGAUCCGAGGAGCACGGGGACGCGUUCUGCGUUCGCCUGAUUAACCAGUCUCGUGUGACUGACGCGUUCACGAAAGCAGCUGGGCUCCUUCUGUCCCCCUGCGAUCAAACGAGGAACUUCCGGGCUGUGCGGGCGAGUGAAUGCAUGACACGAAAACUGCAGCCGAAGCGAUGGAAACGCUCGCAAAUUAUAACCUUUGCUAUAGAUAUAUGGUACUCUGGCCGUCUGCUAGUCGCCACUUUCAAAGUGCGCAGGUUUGAGGAUUUGUCGCGUUAACAUACGAGAGCCCCGCUGCGUUUAGGUAUAUUUUCAGUCUUCCAACAGACUUGAACUAAGGGUCCUUCCUACUGAUCAUGCAGCACCGAUAAGUAUUGUCCAGGAAUCGUAUUUUUCCACACACGAACUGGCACCACAUGCGAAAAGAGUCCAGGCGCCUUGAAAACUGGUCUGUGAAACAUCCUUGGUGAGAGAACGACUUGCCUUUAGCGCAGCGAUCAAAGUCAUUAUCGUUUGUGAUUUCUAGUUUAUGUUACCUAUGUCAUGUCAACAGCGCGUGUCUCGUUGUCUUGGGUUCCUCGUGUAAGGCCACUAUCUAUUAGCUCUGGAUGAUGAUUUCCGACGCUGUGCUUCUUAGAGCCGCGUUAUGAAGCAUUUAAAUUCAUUCGUUGUCACCGGUGAGAGCUUUAGGAGUUUGAGCGUGCCUUCGGAACGAUCAUCUCCGCGUCAGAAGGGCACCUCACACGGCCCUUGAAAAAUGCUAAGCGUAAUAGUAUGUUGCGGCUGUCAGCAAUCGGAGAUGUUUUUAACUUUCUUCGCUCAUCACGUUACUGUGCGGUUCGUUCUUUCGUUAUCCUUGUCGGGCCGAAAAAGAAUGAGGUCUGAUACGAGUCCAGUUCAAAGACACAGUGCUCUAACCCACGAUGCGAGAUAUCAAAUUCUGCAUUCGUUGUCGCCUGUGCCCCAUUUCAAAAGAGAAAGUAUAGGCAGAAGGAUCUGAGCGCCUUUUGAGAGUAAUUUUUUCUUCUUUAUCCCUUCGCAGGAGAAAAAGAAUUUAGAAGGUGUAAAUGUGCCGUCAGGAGGCCGCACAGGUAGUUCAGGGCGACGACAUAUGCCACGCUGUCGCGUAUGGUAACUGUAUGAUAACUUUUGGUACGUCUACAGUGGAAAUAAUGCUUACAUUUUAGAUUCUCCUCGUACGAAAUUCUUGUCUUUCCGUUUUUGCUUUUUUUGUCAGUUCUUUUGCGGCCAACGCGAGCUACAAUUGUGAGCAGAAGCGCCCAAGUGAUGAUAUUACGGCGCUCCACCAGUCGCAAAGUGUUGGACAUUGUGCAAUCCAGCUCGAAACCUUGCGCAUUUUUUACCGUAAGGAUUCACGGCUCAUGUGCGAUGGCGGUUUCUUUGUACAGUAACGCUGGCGUCGGAGAAAACCAGUACGUGCGUCUCAAAGGCCGUCGCAAUAAGCCGUUUGAAAAAGUAGCACCCGCUCUUUGUCAGAGCUGAGCUGAGCUUCCAGUCAAAGUCUGUGCCAAUUUUUGAGAACCUGUUGUAUACUGCUACCGAUUCCACUCUGCGCCUCAUGGUCGGAGGAAAAGUGACGUCGAAGUGUGCUUGCUUGCGAACUUGAGUUGCACUUUCUUGGGAUUGUCGUCGCCUACAGUGAUAUUGUGCCGAUCCCUGAGCGGCCGGGAUACGGGAUGAGUGCAAAUAGACAAGCCCUGCAAGAGGAAUUCCUUCUGUAACGCGUGUUGUUCAGGCGACGAUCUGUCAACGUGCUGCACACGCGUCAUGUACGCCAUUUUGUGAUUGAAAUCUGCGAUCGCGUAAUAUUACUUUCAGGCUGUUCGGUGUUUAACCGAAGCGCGCUACAUUAAUAUAUGUGUUGAACGAUCCACGCAACCAUAGUGAUUUUUUUUCAUUGCCGGAUAUCGUCAACAAUGAGUGAAACCAUCGCUGUGUGUAGUUGUGUAUGAUAAUCGGGCAAAAGCCGAUUUGGGCUUUCUCGAAGCAUUAUGGUGGAACUUCAUCCACAAAGUUUCAACCUUAUAGUGCAGUGUCGCGGAAGUGCUGUGAAUGUCCUGAAUGUUUGUACAUGAUGGUUUUACUUCUUAUAUUUUGUCAACUUCGCAUUAACUUUGGGAUUUCCGGUCUGUAUAUAGCUGGAACGAAAACAUGACUUUACACCUGUAUUUCUAUGCAGAUAUGAAAAACAACCUUAGGAUGUUCGCGCUAAUGUAACUUUAAUUUUGCGUUUUGCUGUAGCAAACGAGGUUUCUGGCCGUAGGUUCACGCGACGUGACAAGGCCAUUGAACGACAUUCAAAGUACCGGAGAAAGCAUGUUAAAGGAAUGCUGAACAAUAACUGCUGACUCAAGUUAGACUGGUAAACUAAUAUUUGAAAACUCUAUUUUCGUUAGUUUCGUACACGAACGUUCGUUACUGGGAGGCAACGUGAUGACCAAGCAUUCUUGAAUCUUGCGCCCAAUCCGCUGAACUGAUGCUCCUCUGUCACGUGAUGGACUGUAAUGCAUUUGCUCCUAUUUGAGCAGUUUUGGCGCGCGCAAAGUUCUCAAAGCACGCUAGGCAGCAGGGCUUGCUUCUCUUGGAAUCGGAUAUGAUUGCUCUUUAUCGACAAGGCUUUAAUAAGCUACUCGAGAAGACGAGAAGAAACGUGACGUGACGUUAAGAGGGUGCGGGAAAUUCGAAGUAACGUCAUCACCCUUGUGUCCGUUUUACGUCCGCUCCUGGCUCACGAAGAUUCCCCUAGCGGCAAGAGCAAGCUUUUUGCUAAUCCAGAUCUGUAAUUUACCAUUUAAUCGUGACGUCAUACUCCUCUUCGACGUCGUUUUCGCGUCCCGUUUAUUUCUAUCAAAGAGGGUGACAGCGAAAUAAGCGUUAGCGGAACGCGGAACCAAUUGUUCGUUUCUGGUGCAAGCGUCUACGUAAGAUGCUUGUUGGCUCAUGAUUCCUUGCGUCUCGCCAUCGUAGCCGUCAUUGUUUAUUUAUUUACUUCGCGUGCCGAUAUCUUCCAAGUGUGCAAGGCUGGAUGCGCACGGGCAAGAACAGCGCGCCGUCGCACUAGUCAUAAAGGACAGCCGACGUCUUUCUGAGGUGUGCAGUUGCAGACGAACGAAACUCAAACAAGAACUUGCAACGUAGAACACAUUUCGCAAGUGGCAACUCCAAAGCGCGAUCUCGAGCCGCUACUUAUGUGGUUGUCGAAGAUGGUGUGGCCCUGACACUAAACGUAUGAGCCGAAAUCGCACUGAUAUUAGGCGCACUGGCAGAAGCGAAAACAAAAGAAUUAGCUUUUAGUUAGUCCUAACUAGUUCGAAUUUCAGUUGUCCGUGAUGGUGCGCUCCGUAACAUUUGAGCCUCUCCGUGUCAGGUGAGCGGGCAUUUAACGGCGUUGUGUAAAUGUGUGAAUGAGGACGUUAUUGCCUGAAAAUCGGGCAGAGUUAAAAAAAGGGUGAGAGCGAAAAUAGAGGAGAAGGAAUUCGCCACUGGAGAGCGUGAGUAAACGCGCAUGCGCAGUGGGCUGAGAAAUCAGCGCAAAAGUUAAGGCCAGGAAAAAAUGCCGUCCUACAAUUUGGAAUGCAAGGGCGCACGCGGGCAGCUUGGGACGGGCAUUUAACGGCGUUGUGUAAAUGUGUGAAUGAGGACGUUAUUGCCUGAAAAUCGGGCAGAGUUAAAAAAAGGGCGAGAGCGAAAAUAGAGGAGAAGGAAUUCGCCACUGGAGAGCGUGAGUAAACGCGCAUGCGCAGUGGGCUGAGAAAUCAGCGCAAAAGUUAAGGCCAGGAAAAAAUGCCGUCCUACAAUUUGGAAUGCAAGGGCGCACGCGGGCAGCUUGGGGGUGCUAAAACAGCGGCAUUCGUGAAUGAUACCACUUGCGUCACCGGAAUAGCGUCCCACAGUAGUGCUUAAGACUGCAUGGUUGGUGGGGCAGUCUUGUACGAAAGCCGCUACCGACGGGAGGCUCGUACCCAAAACUUUUAUCAUGCAUUCGACUUAAAGAAGCAGUGGUUCCUUGAACGUUGUCUUUCGCCGAUACUCCUCUUUUCCUUUUUUUUUUGCCGUACGGGGUGCUUUGGCUCAAGGAGAAUUGCCAGUCGUGUUAUAUCCAGUGGCUCAACUUGGUACACCUGCGAGCGAAAUCGGAGGACACACGCCGAGUUUUCAAUCAACGAUUACUCGCGUCAGUAACGUGAUGACUAUAGUAGGCUUCCUGUUGAGGAUUUCGCCUAGUUCAAUAUUGUCAAUGUCUGACGUUGCAUGUCAAGCCGCUACAACGUCCCGAAAGCCAGUUCAAAAGUUUCCCUGCAUAUUGCUCGCGGGUUUGUCCAAGGACGAAUGAUUCAGUGAAAUUAUUCAGAUCGGUAUACACACAUAAAAAAUCUAAACGAUUAUGGUGUCAUGUUGCUUGUCGACGAAUAUUUGUUCGCAUAAAAAAAUGGAUCCUCGUUUUCACUGGGCUAAAAUUUCUUGACUGUUGCUCAAAUGACCCCACGAAAGUAUUCGCCAAGAGCAAGUUCAGCGGAUUUAAACAUGACAUUAUGUUAUGUUCAUCCACAUUCUCCGUUCAUUGUCAAUCAUUUUUUAAACGGCGAAUUCCUCGCUUAGUGCCGGAUAACCCGAAGGAAAGGCGCAAUCCGUUUUGGGCGGAUACGAAUAACGCAUAUAAAAUAUUUAGCGGUGUCGCAGCAUGUCCGAUAGUGACAACGUUGUAUCUCUCCUGCUCGCACAUGGUUAAGGCCUCAGCACAAACUCGGCAAAUCUGUCAUGUGACGCAGCAGCAAUGCUAUGUCACUUCGACGCGAUGGGCAAGACCGUUUGAACAGAAUGCGAACGCCGGAUAACAUGCUCGUCACAUGCAAAGUAGCAGGCAGCAAUGCUCCAGUAAAUUCUUCACGAUCAUUACGGAAUUUUAAGAAUCGCUUCCUCACUUGUGGAAACAUUCUGAGCUACUGUGGGCCAAAAAUAGACACUAAGCUCAGAAAUCUUUUUUCUUUAAAUUUUUAUAUAUCGAAGACACGUACUUUUGACUUUAAAAAACGAGUACUUGGAAGGUGUUUGCAACAGUAAACUAGUUGUCCUAUGUUUAACUCCGCUUUGGCAAUUUCCUGUAAUAGUGACCAUCGCAUCGAACGUAUUCCCGUUGAGGACUACGAGAAUUCUCUAAACCAGAGUUACGCAUAGGACAAGGAGUUGCUGUCGCAAAAGAAGUCGCCAGCGUACGCUUUCCAAGGGUGCAGGUCUCAAAUGUCUUUCGUAGCAAAUGUUCGGCUUGAAUUUCAAGCUGAAUAGCGCGGCGAACGACAGAGCCCAGUUCGGACUAAGUCAUAUUGCUGACUGUUCCCGCCUUUCUUGCCUCCUGGUCAGAGAAGUAACGUUUUUCUUCCUUUGCUAAAUUGGUGUCCGUCUGAGAAAGUGCUCGAUGACAUUAAUAUCCCUUGAAAAAAAGUUCCUCGUCGAGGAACGCGGUAUCAGCUGCAAUUUAACUUCAAUUUCGCUAAUUGUCUUUAGGGAAACUAGCCUCCGGCUUCGCUAAGUGAGUUCACGAAAAUGUUUCCUUUUUUUCUCUCUCACACUGAAACCUGGCAUCGCGAAGAUUCAUACGUACGCGAGCAUGUCGUCUUCCCGAGAAGCUGCGUUCGCACGUGCUUCUGCGAGAUUAAGCGUGCUGGUCACGCCACCAAGGUCCUGCUGCGCCGGCCGGUGCGCAUGUCCCUAGCUGGUCGUCGCUAUAUCGUGCCAAGGUCGCCGUCGAAUAGGCUCACUUCGCUCUCGCUUUUGCAGUGAAGCAAUGCAUUCUUGUUUUUCUCUGUAUUUUUUGUCUUUCUUGAUUUUGUGAUGCGGUUUCUAUAUCCUGCAGCAUUGCUAUUGCUGCAAGAAGCUUCGACGCCCUAGUGCCUCUUUUCUUAACUCUAUGUGAACCGUUCUGUCGCGUCUCUUUGUUUUUUUUUCCGGCGUUACAAAGCGGGAUGUCGAAAUUUAUUACCGUAGGGCAAAAGUGUCUGUGCGUGUAUAUGUGAGCUUAAUGCAAAAGUGUAGUUUUUUAAUUUGGUAUUUGUCAUUCUAAGCGAUGAACGAAAAUGAGUGUGCGAAAAAAAAAAGAGCCACGUGUGCUCGUCCAGCCUGCGGCGACUUACUCUGUGAUCUCACAUUGUUGUUGUGCCAAAUGAUGCUCACUUUUCUUUUUUCUUUUUGAACACUGCUGUACAUAAAAGGAGAAAUAUAAGCGCCUUUUUUGUAACUUUGACUCCCACAGUGUUUUUUUAAUACAAAAAAUAAUAAAGGCAUGUUCCCACAAGCA